UACCAAGAGCGAGGUCUCUCCGGCUGAACACAGUAUGUGUGCCGCUGAGUGUAACCUGGCAGACGAUGCAUCAUGGAAGAAGAUCCAGAAGAACACCUUCACACGGUGGUGCAACGAGCACCUGAAGUGUGUAAACAGGUUCAUAGGUGCCUCGUUUGACCUAAACGACAGGCUGACUAUCAUCGCCCUACUGGAGGUGUUGAGCCAUAAGAAGAUGUUCAGGAAGUACCACACCAGGCCCACAUUCAGACAGAUGAGGCUGGAUAAUGUCUCUGUUGCGCUCAAGCUUCUGGACCAGGAGAAUGUCAAGUUGGUGUCAAUAGACAGCAAGGCCAUCAUGGACGGGAAUAUGAAGCUGAUUCUGGGGUUGGUGUGGACCUUGAUCCUACAUUACUCCAUCUCUUCUCAUCUACUGGAGGACGGGGGCCAGGACAAGACCAAGAAACAGACCCCUGAGCUACGGCUGCUGGGGUGGAUCCAGGACAAUGUGCCCGAACUGUCUAUCACCAACUUCAGCCAGGACUGGCAGAAUGGCAAGGCUCUGGGGGCACUGGUGGACGGACUGGCCCCAAGCCUGUGUCCAGACUGGGAGAGCUGGGACAAGGUACAGCGAGUAGACAAUGCCAGAGAGGCUUGGGGGAUGACAUCUUACGUCAUUGCCCCAGAGGAGAUCAUCGACCCUCGUGUGGAUGAGCAGUCCAUCAUGACUUACCUCUCCAUGUUCCCCAAAGCUCAACUGAAAUCUGAAGCAUCCCUCAAACCCAAAUCAGUGACCAAGCCGAAAGCCUGUAGGGUGAGUGGCCGAGGGCUGCAGCCCAAGGGAGUGAGGGUUGGUCAGGUGGCUGACUUCAAGGUAGACACCAGUAGGGCUGGACCUGUGGAACUGGAGGUGCAUAUCAAAGGACCUGGAUGUACCAGUCAUACCGAAGAGGCCAUUGAUGACAUAUAUCACCCCGACACUGUGGGAAAACAUACAGUAGACAUAACAUGGUCUGGGGAGCACAUUCUCAAGAGCCCCUUUGAGGUUGACGUUGGUCCCAAAGCGGGCCCCCAGCUCGUCCGGGCGUGGGGUCCUGGUCUGGAGGGGGGCAUGGUGGAAAUGUCAGCUGACUUCAUCGUGGAAUUCAUCUGAGAUGAUGCAGGGAUGUUAGGCUUUGCCAUCGAGGGUCUCUCUAAGGCCAGGUUCGAGUGUGAUGACCAAGAUGAUGGCUUGUGUGACGUGAGGUUCUGGCCCACAGAACCGGGGAAAUACGCUGUGCAUGUGACCUGUGAUGAAGAUGAGAUCGAGGACAAUCCUUUCAUGUCCCACAUAAGCCCCAAUAAAAAUAAAUGCUACCCACACAAGGCGAGUGCCUCCCUGCAGUUACUGGGUCCAUUUGUUCUGCUCUAUUUAGCAUUUGGGUCAUUCUGCGCUUCUCCAUGUAUUUGGAACAUUCUGCGCUUGUCCAUGUAUUUGGAACAUUCUGCGCUUGUCCAGGGAUGCAGAAGUCUUGCAGCACAUGAAGGCAUUGAUGAAGUCCCAGUCAACGUGGAGGUGGUUCGUAAAGAGCUGGGCCUCUAUACUUGCUACUACACUCCAACCACUCUGGCCAAACACACUAUCUGUGUGACUUGGGGAGGGGUCAGUGUCCCUGGCAGUCCUUUCAGAACCUUCACCAUAGACUAUAGCAAGACUGGAGAGGUCCCAGAAGCUGUGGCUGUCAUGACGACAAGUGGUAAAAUGGAGCUUCUGGAUGUGACAGACAAUGGAGAUGGGACAUACUCAGUGGCCUACUCCCCUUCUAUGGAGGGUUCUCACUCUCUGGUUGUUAAAUAUGUCGAUGAGGAUGAAUUUUGCAGCAAGACUGGAGAGGCUCCAGAGUCUGUUGCUGUUAUGACACCUAGUGGUAAGAUGGAGCUUGUGGAGGUGACAGACAAUGGAGAUGGAACCUACUCUGUGGCCUACUCCCCUUCCAUGGAGGGUCCUCAUUCUCUGGUGGUCAAAUAUGCUGAUGAAAAUGAGUUUUCCAGGCUCCAGACAAUGACUUGGACUCAGGACGUGAUGGGCAGCAGUCCAAAUGGAAGCAAAAAGCUUCUCACAGAGAUGGCCAGCCUUCGCCAUGUGAACCGAACUGGACUGAUGCCCUUUGACAUUGUUAUGGCAUACAGCUUGACAGAGGGGGAAAUCAAAGGUGAAGUAUGUAUUCCAUCCGGUAAUAGGGCCCCGGCUGAUGUAACUGAUAACCGAGAUGGAACGGUCACACUGAUGUAUGAUCCCACAGAAGAAGGCCUCCAUCAAAUGCACAUCAAGGUUGAUGGCACUGCUCUCCCCGAGAGCCCUCUCCAGUUCUACGUGAACAAUGGCAGUAACUCUGACACUAUGGCACAUGGGGCAGGCCUAGUCUAUGGCAUGACAAACAAGAUCGCAGCCUUCACCAUCUUCAACAAAGACUCAACACACUGUAAACUGGACAUUUCCCUCGAGGGUCCGUCUAAAGCAGAGAUUCGCCUCAUGAACAACACGGUUUCUGGUGACUACAGCAUCCUAGUAGGACACAACAACGAGCACAUCACAGGAAGUCCCUUCACGGCAAGGAUCGCUAGUGUGGUUCCCCGGAGGUCCCGCAGGGUGAUGUUGGGCACAGCGACUGACUUCAGCCUGGACAUCAUAGAAGAGGAUAUCAGUCUGCUCACAGCCAGCAUCGUGUUUCCCUCAGGCCUGGAUGUGUCCUGCCUGCUGAAGAGGCAGCCUGACAGACACAUAGGUAUAUCCUUCAUCCCCAAAGAGGUGAGAGAGCAUCUGGUUAACGUGAUGAAGGAUGGUGUGGCCAAUAGUCCCAUCCCUCUCACCAUCACCCAGUUAGAGAUUACAGACCCCAGAAGGGUCAAGGUCUUUGGACCAGGGCUGGCGACGGGGCGCACCUUUGAGAUGUCAGACUUUGUUGUGGAUACACGAGAUGCAGGCUAUGGGGGUCUGACUCUGGCUAUUGAGGGUCCCAGUACUGUGGAGGUCCAGACAGAGGAGAUGGAGGAUGGGUUCUGUGUCAUCUCCUUCUGCCCCACAGAGCCUGGGGCCUACACCCUCUCAGUCAAAUUCGCAGAGGAACAUGUGCCAGGGAGUCAGUUUACAGCAGAGGUGACAGAGAGUGGCUAUGUCAGAGAAAGCAUAACCCACUUCCAGGGAGCUGCAACUAUCGCCAGUGUCGGCAACGUGUGUGGGAGUACCCUCAAAAUACCAGCUCUGUCUGCCAUUUUACAGGCCUGGACGCCCAGCACAUAUCUGCCCAUGAGUCCCUCUGGGGCCAUAGAAGAAGCAGACGUCACAGGCUCUGUGAGCUUCGUGCCCAGUGAGAUGGGUGUCCAUGCAGUUAGUGUGAGGUACAAAGGCCAGCAGAUCCCUGGCAGUCCUUACCAGUACACUGUGGGCCCACUAGGGGAGGGAGGACCAGAGAACGUGCAGGCUUGGGGACUGGGACUGCAGAGUGCUGAAGCAAGCAUUCCAGCUGAUUUCAGUAUCUGGACUCGAGAGGCAGGUGCCAGGAGUCUGUCGGUAACAAUGGAGGGCCCAGGUCAGGCAGAGCUCACCUUUGAGGACAGGGAAGAUGGCUCCUGUGGGAUCUCCUACGUUGCUCUGGAACCAGGUGACUAUGAGGUGUCAGUCAAGUUCGAUGACAAGCACAUUCAGGACAGUCCUUACCUGGUGCCAGUGUAUGGCCCUGCUGGAGAUGAUGCAUCAGGGUCGGGACAGACCAAAGGUAAUCUGAUGAGGAGAGUAAUCAAUGGCUGUUUGGCGUCCUCUCUAUGGUCCUCCUUCCAGUCUGAUGCCUGUAAGGUUGUCAGUAGCGGCCCAGGCCUGAAUGAAGCCUGUCUGGGAAGGAGAAACAUCUUCAAUGUGGACUGCAGCAAAGCUGGUAUAAACUUGUUCCUGGUGGGGAUGCAUGGCCCCACCAUGCCGUGUGAGGAAGUGUCAAUCAAACACCUUGGCAAGGAGACGGGCAGCUAUAUAUUGGCUGUGAAGUUGGAAGAGGAGCAUAUCCCAGGGUCUCCUUUCAAUGUCAUUGCCUCAUAAAGGUGGCUCAUUCAA